AUGUGCCACAGUAAGGCAAACGAAGCAGCAAGAAAUGCCGGUAUUAGUUUUUUUAGGUUCCCAAAGGAUAAAAGAAAGAGGUCAUUGUGGACAAAGGUAAUACAUAGAGCUGAUUGGGAGCCAAAUGACAGCGUCCGCAUCUGCUCACUUCAUUUUGUUGACGGGUGGCACAGUGAUGACACAGAUAUUAAUUAUGUACCAACCAUCUUCCCAUACAAAGAAAAGACACACAGCACCAAACAGAAGGCACGGGAAACUAGAACCGUCUCCAGACAAGAAACAAAGGACUUAUUAGCAGAGGAACAACUGCAGAGAUGUAUAGACCAGACAAAUAGAGACAGUGCUAUUCUUGCUCACUCCUAUUCCACUGUAGAGCCAGAGGUAGAAAUAAGUUUGGACCACAAUGCCAUGGAUGUGGAAGACGACAUAGAACUGCCCUAUGUGCAAACAAGAACAAUAGGUACAUUUUGUAUUUCAAAAUUCAUAUAUUAA